AUGGUCGUCGUUGGCGAAUACAACUACUGUACGGCUGACAGUUCUUGUUUAAUAAUAAUUAUUGUCAUACAUGUGUAUUUUGUUCCGCCGGCCUAUUGCUGGAUGCCGAAGGCUGUUGAUAGUUACUACAAUGAAGAAGAUACAAAUACGUUUAAUUUGACGAACGACGAUGACGACGAAACAUACCUACCACCUGUGCAAGUCGACGACGUCGUUUCAGCUGGGAAAAUGGCCGCGUUUUUUGAGAAGUUGAAUUCACUGCGCCAGCGACGCCGCGAAGACCGUUCGAAAUCAAUAAACUCUCCCCUACAGCAGUCGUUCGGGCUCGUUCGAGGUGAUUUACCUAUUGGAAUGGAAUCACUAAACGAGGCUGUGGUGGCGACGGACUAUAGAGCGAUAGAGGUCGGGAAUCGUGGUGUUUUCGAAAUACGGGAUAGAUCAGCGAUUGGCAAGGAGGCGGUGACAAUGGUGACGAAUAACGAUUACUAUGAGGCGCAGACCACGAAAACGAUCGCGGACGGUUACUUUCUAGAUGCAACUAGACCUCGAGUCCUGCAAGGGGACGCAGUCGUCGGAUAUUUGCACAUGGGUUUUCGAAGCGCGAAAUGCUUGUGGCGCCAGUAUCGAGAAGCGGUCACCGAACAGGAAACGUUAGCAGUCCGCAAGCGAUUCAAUAGUUUUGUCCGAUUCUGGACGUUAGUAGUUGUCGUCUCGGUGGUCGCUCUAUGGUCCACGUUCGGAUACUUUCACGAGCUGUUCUGUUUUUGUGUCAUCGCGCCACCAGCUGACUACGCCAAAGACGUUAAUAGGUAUUUAAUGAUGGUACCGCCACAUGUAGUAGUGACGAACAAGGGUAAAAUGUUCCGAUACCAACCGACGGCUGAAGAACGUUUUCUAUGGGAAAGCGCGAAAAGAAUUGCAAAUUUCAAAAUAUAG